AUGUGGCUGCAGAAGUGUGAGGAUGACUCUGAGACGGCCAACUGGAUCUCGGCCAACACCAAGGAAUGCCCACGGUGCCAGUCGACGAUCGAGAAGAACGGCGGAUGCAACCACAUGACCUGUCGCAAGUGCAAGCAUGAAUUCUGCUGGAUGUGCAUGGGUCUGUGGUCGGAGCACGGAACCAGCUGGUACAACUGCAAUCGAUACGAAGAGAAGUCGGGGUCCGACGCCCGCGGUGCUCAAGCCAAGUCGCGCGCCUCGCUGGAGCGGUACCUGCACUACUAUAACCGGUAUGCGAACCACGAGCAGUCCGCCAAGCUAGACAAGGACCUCUAUCUCAAGACCGAGAAGAAGAUGACUAGCCUGCAGUCGCAAUCGGGCCUCUCAUGGAUUGAGGUGCAGUUUCUGGACACGGCCUCGCAGGCGCUACAACAGUGCCGACAGACCCUGAAGUGGACGUAUGCGUUUGCCUUCUACCUCGCGCGCAACAACCUGACCGAGAUCUUCGAGGAUAACCAGAAGGACCUGGAGAUGGCGGUCGAGAGCCUGAGUGAGAUGUUCGAGAAGCCCGUCCCGGACCUGGCGAACCUCAAAGUCGACAUCCUGGACAAGACGGCUUACUGCAACAAGCGUCGCAUCAUCCUGUUGAGCGACACUGCCGAGAACCUGAAGAGUGGUACGUCUUCCUGUCUUGAUAUUUGA